UUUCAUUUUCCCAAGCUAACAUGACUACAGAUAGUGCAAACUCAAGGAAUAUGGAAAUGAAUACAUUUGACCAACUAUUCAAUUAUAUGGAUACAGUAAAAAUAAUGAUAAAUAAUUAUUGGUUAUUAUUGAAGGACACGGUUAUUCAACUUUGGCAAUAUAUGGAGUUUAGAAUAAUGAUAUAUUUAUUUCUGGCUUUAUGUUUUAUUCCUAUAAGUAUAUUUGUAAUAUUUUGUAGUUGUCUAUCAUCUAUAUUAUUUAUGAUAUCAGCCGGUAUUUGGAUCUUCUUUGGUACAAUUGCCUUCUUAAUAUUAUUACCUUUCUUGAUUGGAUCAUUAUUAAUAUCAAUUGGAUUAGUUUUAGUUUAUAGAAUAUAUAUUAUUCUCAAUAAUAAUGAUUUGAACAAAAAAAAAUAGUAAUUCCUCAUUGUAUAUUAUAUUUUGUAUCACCUUAACCCCCUUUAUACUUUUACCUCUCCUUUUCCCCUCAUCUUAUUAUUGAUUAUUAUUGAUUAUUGAUACUUUGAAUAAAAAUAUUUAAAUGUAUGUAUGAACAUAUGUAUA